AUGCACGUGGUCCGGGAAAGAGCCGGAUUGCUUCAAACUAUAAACGCCAUAAAAGAUGUUGGUGUCAACUGUCAUACCAUCAGAAAUCUGAAUUCCAACAAUAAUGCAGAAAACGCCUCAAAGAAGAUAGAUAGAAGAGCAAUCUUCUUCAAGAUUUUUAAUCCUACUGUCAAGAGUGAACUGAGAAUACCAGCCCAUUUUCUUAGGCAUAUUUCAGAAGAUUCACCUGAUAAAGCAACUCUGAAAUGUCUUUCUGGAGGCAUUUGGAAUGUAAAAUUACACAUUGAUGAAGAUGGCUUGCUUAUACACCAAGGUUGGGAGAAAUUCCACAAAGAUAACCAUAUAGAAGAUGGGGAGUUUCUCGUGUUUAGGUACGACGGGGAUCUACAAUUUACAGUAAGAAUUUUCAGCAAAAAUGGACUGGAAAGAGAAGCGAAGUCAAUAACCAUGGACAAAAAUCAAAAAGCUUCAAUAUCUGAUACGUUCAAGAACCAGAAAAGGCCACCAAAAUACCCUUACAACCCUAUGGACGUUGAAAAUGGCACAGAACAUGAAACUCCAAGAAAAAAAGUUGCAGCUGAGAAAGCGAAGCUCUUUCUAACUUCAGAUACUCCUCAAUUUGUGAAAUGUUUGAAAAGCUACAAUGUGAACAAGUCCUGUUUCAUAUAUGUUCCAAAGUCCUUCUGUGAACAACUUUCAGAAUUAGCCAAUAAGACAACAGCAAUACUCAGUAAUUCAGAGGGAAAUAAGUGGAAAGUGAAUUUUGUAUUACGAAAAGGAUACCAUGCUUUUUGUGGAGGGUGGAAACAGUUUGUGAAAGAUAACAAGCUUAAGGAAGGAGAUGUCUGUGUUUUUCAGCUUGUCAAUACAAAUGAACUGAAGGUCUCCGUUUUCGACAAUCCUCCUGAAUCUUUGUUGAAAGUUGCUGCAUAAAGAUGUGCAAGAAUGUAAAUAUUAAUUUGAUGCAAAUGUUUUGGAAUCUGAACUCUGUAGCUGCUUAACAUUAACUAUAUUGUUCCCAUUUUCCUUUUUAUGUAUAUGAGUGAUCAGAGUUCUUUAA